ACAACAGUUGCAAAGUAGUUUUUUCUGCUGAACGUUAUAUAGCCAAUUCCCCCAGAGCGAGCGGCCAAUCGGACGUGGACAACGGAGUCCCGCGAGAUGGCGCGCGCGACGCCUCGGUAUGUUUCCGGCGUGACCUAACCUGUCGCCUAUAUUUAAAUGCCGUCGCGGCCGAGAUCUCUCCAGAAAUUCGUACAAUGGUAUCGUGACCCGGGAUCACCGCGCAAAGAUUCGACAUGGGUUCUCAGCAAAUGUCCCAGCUUCCUCAGAGGCUCAGGGCGACCUUCAGGCUGCUCACGUCCAGGUUCAACGAGAUCGGUGUGAGAAUCAGGAGCUACGAGAUGCCCGAGAGGAUCAAGGGCACGUUUCUCGAGCGCGGAGCGAGAUAUUGGCACAGUCUGCUCAUGGAUUACAAGGACGCCGCGUUUGACACGGCCAAGGAUUGCUGGCAGCAUCCUGCGCGUACCGCGAUGUAUAUCACACUUCUAGGAAGCUGUGUUUACUCCAAUCGACACAAUCCGGACGAGACCGUGUUCAGGGAGCAACUAGUACAGAGCAGUAUGAAGCUAAUACAGGUGGGAGAGCCCAUACGCAAUCCCGUUUCUGUGCAGCACAUAAAAUGGUUGGAGCAAUGCUACAACGAGGGGUUGAUCAGGAGACUCAAUCUUGGCGUUCUGUCCCUGAUCUGGUUGGACAAUUAUGACAGAGACUGCUCCUUGUACAAGGCCGUCUGCCCGUACCUAAAACCACGAUACGCAACCUUCCACGAGAGGAUAGUGGACGUGGGCUUUCUAGAGAAGUGGUGGCUGCUAGAAAGUAAGAUGAAAGACUAUGACGUGAACGAGGCCGAAUUCAAUGCUGCGGUAACUGGGAGCGAUAUAGACGCUGUUUCAGCAACGUGAUGAAUUUUAGGAAAGAAUUCUCUUGUAUUUAUGUAAAAAAAAUAUAAAUUUUUUAAGUUUUUGAAAAACGUGUAUGUAUAUGUAUAUAUCAGA